ACGUAUAAACAUUGCAGUCAGUCAGGGCGAACGCGAGUGGAUGUAGUGCUCACACAUCAACGGUCCUGAACAGGCUUCGGUUUAUUCACUAACAUUACCGCAGUCGCGAGAAAACCGUUUUAAAAUGCAGUAUAAUCGACAUCGUGUACGCAUGAAAGGCUUUCGGUGAUGAUUUGUAUUAUCCUUAGCGGAAAACGAUUUGCCAAAACGAGAACAAAAACGGGACACUUUGGACUUUUAUUAGUUGCUCUUUCACCAGAUUUACAUUUGAGAAGAUAGAAGACGUAAACAUAUACUGAGUCAAUGAGAUAAUUCGUUUUUCGCCACAAAAUUCACGGACUGCUCAACCAGCUCACCUUGGAAGAUGCCAUGGGUGAGAUGACUUUACUUGUGGCCCUGUGUACAGAAGACAUCUUUAUAAAAAGAGAAGAAUCAAAGUGCUGACACACAUUAGGAGAGAAGGGGAGGGAUACUUUAUACCUCAUGCCUCCACAAAGUCAUUCGUGAGGCGAGCCUUCCCCCUCACCAGCGCCGAUAGACCAGCAUGGAGAGAGUGUUAAGAACAGGACUUGAACCCGGAGCGGCCGAUGAGAGAGAUCAAGGGAAGACACCAUUAGCAGGGAGUGGGGACCUGGGUCCUGAAUGCUGCAAACGUAACGGAUUGAUCAAUACCCAUAACCUAAUGGUGGAGACUAAGGAAGGACUGGUGUCGGCUUAUUCCGCUCCACAGUAUCAGGGCCACGUGGUGUCCAAGGACAAAAAUGGGACACAGGAUGGGAAAGGGCCCCCGCAGUUGCUUAACCCCAGCGCUCUUCCCCAAGCCAUAGACCCUUAUUACAGGCCCAACCUCAUUCUUUAUCCCGAGAGCAUGUUGAGAGCAUGGGGUGAGGGAGGGGACUGCUGCGAGACCACUUUCAUUGAAGAAAUGACCCCUGCCUCUUCUGGCUCGGCUAAAGAUGGAAUUGUGUUCGCUGACGGCAGGCUUCUGGAUCUUUCUAUGGAAGACGCCAAGAUCCAAACACUUUCCUAUGACGUAGAUGACGACGAUGACGAAUUUCAAGAACUUGAGAGUGAGUACUCGAGUGAUUCAGAGAGUGAAGACAAUUUCCUCAUGAUGCCCCCGAGGGACCACCUGGGCCUCAGCGUUUUCUCCAUGCUUUGCUGCUUCUGGCCCCUUGGCAUCGCAGCUUUCUACCUGUCACACGAGACAAACAAGGCGGUGAAUAAAGGGGACUUUCACCGGGCCAGCUCCAGCUCCAGACGCGCCCUCUUCCUCGCCGUGCUUUCCAUCACCAUCGGCACCGGCAUCUAUGUGGGCGUGGCUGUGGCCCUUAUCGCAUACCUCUCCAAAAACAACCACUUGUAGCCUUCCCCGGGCCCACUUCAGUGUUUCCCAUCAACGGUCACAGAAAGACUGGAUCACCUUGAGGCUGUUUGGGUCUCACCAGCAAAGUGUUAUUCCCCUGCACUUUUAAGAGUCACGUUCACAUUUGAUUGUGUGUAAAGCAUCUUCGGUCAUGUGACGACAUCGCUUUUGUUUCUGUGCACUGUUUGUGCAAUAUUAAGGGCAAAUUUGACGCUACGCACACAAUAUAUUUUUAAGUCAACAUGAAAUCAGAAGUGAACCUAUUUAAACCUAUUUAUUUUAGGUUCCUGGUUAUAUUGUGUACAGCAAAAAAGGUUUUCUGAUAAAAAGUAGGUAAGGAGACGGAUCAAAUUUCUGUCAUCAUUUAUUCACCCUCAUCAACGUCUGAAAAACGUCUAUAUGAGGUGGAACAAUAUAUUUUGAGAACUGUUUUUUUGUUCAUACAAUGAAAUUCAAUGGGAGUCAAUGUUGUUUGGUUACCGACAUUCUUCAAAAUAUCUUCUUUUGUGUUCUGCUGAAGAAAGAAAAUCAUACAGGUUUGAAAAUAUGAGUUUCUAUAUUUUGGUGAACUUUUUACAAUCCAAUUCUAAUUCCAGCAAAGCUAUAUCAUUUAUUUUCAUUUCACAUCGUUUUACUCUGGAACACAUCAGAUUAUGAAAACACAAUUGGUUGUGAACACCAUUCAUGUUGAUUCAACAUGUCAACAGAUCUAAACAAUCAUUCAUUUCUAUUGAGUGUUUUAUUUGGGGUGUUAUUAAAAACAUAUUCAAUACGAUGUGCUGCGGGGCUUUUUUUAAUAAGAGCUACAGAAUCUUAAGGUCUGUGACACAGAAAGGGGCAUUUUCAACACUCCUUUUGAUAUUAAGGUCACAAAAUGAACAUAAAGCCAUAUAGAUGGGUUGCAUUUUCAUGUGUGGACUUUUUUCAGAAUGUAUGGGUGGGACCAUGUGGGGUUGUAACAUUCAAUCCUGACUCUGUAUAUAAGUCCUAAUGCUUUCACUUUCUACAUGUCAGUCUGUAAAGCUGUGAACUAUCACCGUGAAAUUAUUUCCCAUGUUUUGGGAAGCACCUCUAGCCAGCAAGCUCAUGCUUAUUAAAUGUGAUCUUUUCAUUCAAACCUG